UCUCUGUUUGGAAAUUUACAAAAGCCACAUCCUUGCCCUUGCAUGGCAGUUCAGUGGGUCACACAAUGAUCUACAGGUGGCCUCCCAGGCAAACUGACUGAAAAGCCUCAAGGACAUGUGGAAGAGAAGGUCCAGCAAGAGCUCAUAGAGAUUUUUAGCAUCGAUUUUCCUUGAACGUACUGUACACCUGUCAGUGAGCAUUAAGUGCUUUACACAGACAGUGUGUCACUUCGCCUUGAAUCCCUCACAAAGAAUCUGGAAAGUCAAGACCUCAGCAGCGGUGAUUUGAAGGUCUGAACAUGUCGGCUGAGGUCCAUUUAGAGCGCCAGAAAAAGGCCGACUUGAGAUCUGGGGUUUCUUCUGCUUCGGCGUUCGCUCCACGUGUCCCCACAGUCACACUGAUCAGCCACAGAGAGCUGAGGGAUAAACACGCUGCACGCAGACUCCAGCCUGGAAGCCUUGAUCUAAACCUGGCAGUCAGCAGCUACUACAGAUGUAGUGAAGGUAGCAGAGUGCAGAAGGUUGGAACAAUGCCAGAUUCACCUGCGGAUGUAAAAACCCAGCCCAGGUCCACCCCACCCACCAUGCCUCCUCCACCCCCGGCUGUCAGCCAAGCAACCAGUCGCAACGCUUCAUUCACCCCUGCUACCAGUAAAUCAAUGCUGAACGGGAGCAGCCACUCUCCUACAUCGCUGAACGGUGCUCCGUCCACUCCUAACGGCUUCAGUAAUGGGCCAGCCAUGUCGUCGACGGCCUCGCUUUCCAACCAGCAGCUCCCGCCAGCUUGUGGUGCCCGGCAACUCUGCAAACUGAAGCGCUUCCUGACCACGCUGCAGCAGUUUGGCAACGACAUAUCCCCUGAGAUUGGGGAAAGAGUGCGCAGCCUGGUACUGGGGCUGGUGAACUCCACUCUCACCAUCGAAGAGUUUCACUCCAAACUUCACGAGGCCACCAACUUCCCUCUGAGGCCAUUCGUCAUUCCCUUCCUGAAGGCAAACCUGCCCCUGCUGCAGAGAGAGUUGCUCCACUGUGCCAGGUUGGCCAAGCAGACUCCAGCUCAGUAUCUGGCCCAGCACGAGCAGCUUCUCCUGGACGCCAACGCCAGCUCGCCCCUCGACUCCUCGGAGAUCAUGCUGGAGAUGAAUGAGCACGGCAAGAGAAGGACCCCUGACAGGACCAAAGACAGCUCAGAGAGAGACGGGUUGCACCCGGAGCACCUGGCUAAGCGGCCCUGCACCAUCAGCCCCAGUCAACGCUUCAGCCCCAGCACGGGUCUUCCUGCUCACCCGCCUCCCAACGGCCUCCCCACACACCCUCCCAACGGCCUGCCCCACCCACCCAACCCCCAAGUGGGACCCCAACACUAUCGCCUAGAAGACAUGGCCCUGGCGCACCAGUACAGAGACGCUUACAGACAUAAUGAACACCGCGAUGCCCGAGACAGGCACCGGCAGACAGCAGUGCACGGAGCGCGCCAAGAGGAGGUGAUUGACCACCGUCUUACAGAUCGAGAGUGGGCAGAGGAAUGGAAGCACCUAGAUAAUCUCCUGAACUGCAUCAUGGACAUGGUGGAGAAGACACGGCGCUCUCUGACGGUGCUGCGCCGCUGCCAGGAGGCCGACCGGGAGGAGAUGAAUCACUGGAUUCGGCGCUACAGCGACGUGGAGGAGAUGAAAAAAGGUGGGAGCAACGGACAGCACUGCCUUCCUCCUCCUCCUCCUCUUCCUCCUCCUCCUACUCCUCACCACAACUCCUCCUCCAACACAGCUAGCAGCAGCGAGUCACUGCCCAUAGGAACUUCCUCGGCUGCUGAAAGGCAGACAGGCAGACAGACAGAGAUCCACAGAGACUUCUUACACAGGCCUCCCUCAGGAUACCUGCCAGAGGAAAUCUGGAGGAAAGCUGGUACUACAAGCAUCCCACUCUCCCCAGCACUAAAGCACCUCCAAAACAGGCAGGAGGAGGCAGUGAAUGAGGUGAAGCGACAGGCGAUGUCAGAGCUGCAGAAGGCGGUGUCGGACGCUGAGAGGAAAGCUCACGAGAUGAUUUCAGCUGAACGCUCUAAAAUGGAGAGGGCGCUGGCUGAGGCCAAGAGGCAAGCCUCCGAGGACGCACUAACAGUCAUCAACCAGCAGGAGGACUCCAGUGAAAGCUGCUGGAACUGCGGGAGGAAAGCCAGUGAGACGUGCAGCGGCUGCAACACGGCUCGCUACUGCGGCUCCUUCUGCCAACACAAAGACUGGGAGAAGCACCACCAUGUCUGUGGUCAAGGCCUGCAGGGGAUGCCAGGGGGCAGCAGCGUCCCUCUGGGCACCCCGUCCUCCUCGUCAGUGUCCUCCAGUGCGCCCCCAACCCACUCGGAGAGCGCCCCUCCAGGAGCCCUGUCCUUGGCGGGCCAGAGCAGUAUUGCGGGAGGGGCUGGCAGCGGCAGUGGAAGUGUCUCUGCCAGCCCCAAGGAGAGCAGUUCAAGCAGUGCCUCACGCUCCACAACUCCAGCUACCCCCGCCCUACUGGAUGCCACCUCUCGCUGACGUCCGACCCUCGUCCCUUCCUUCCCUGCAUACUGAUGCGACGGUGCCCACACUCCACACAAAACCAAACUGAGGAAUCUUCAUCGCACACUGCUCCCUUUCCUCCUCCCCGCCGACUUCACUCCCUCUUAUCCUAAGCUCUUCUGAAAAUCUUCUCACUACCUGAUGACAGACUGUUUUUCUCAACUUUUCACCUUCCCACCCCCCCCAAAAAAACCUUUUUCUGUCUUUGUCUCUUUUACAACCACAGCCACAAAUACAAAGAUUCCAGCCUGGGGUUGAGUGUAGUGGAAAGCAUGAAAAGUGUCUCCUAUCUCUGUGUUCGGUCACAGAAACAUAUCAGAUGUGUUUGCUGAAAACAUGAGCUUUGACUUGAAGAUGUGACUGAGAUGUGCCCUCAGUAAUGUAAGCACGUUAAACACUGUCCACAUAAGGACACAAGACAAGGGCUGUGGUAAGGCAACAUUGAUGGGGGGAUGACUAGGCUGAUUAGCACUUGGAUUGGAUUUCCCUUUAAUUUAGCACCAAUGAGAGAACAGGACUCAGCCCUGAGAUGUGCACUACCAGUGCAAACAGUUCACUGAUGUGGCACUUACUCUGCAGUGUCCUAAUGGAGACAGGCAAGGACAAAAUACCUUUUUUCAAAUGGAUGAGGGAAGGGGAAAAACCUGUGAUGCGAUUAAUUCCUCAGAAAACACAGCUUAGUAUUUAUUAAAUGUUUCUUUCUGGCUUUAAGGGAAAAUAAAGAAAAGUCCAAAUAUUCUAAAUAAGAAUAGUAGUGAUGAUGCUGAUGCUGAUGAUAAUAAUGAUAUGAAAAUAAAUUAAUUUUAAACUGCUAACUACCUUGCUAGCGAGCCAAGAAAAUCUACACCGGACUCACCUCUCUGCACCAUUGUGAACCCAAAUGAAUUCAAAGAUGAAAAAAUAACAUGAUCCAAACCUUUGUAUUACACUGCCAAAGUGAGUAAGUAAGCGAUAAGGAGAAGCACUCAUCUUAUAACCAAACGCAAAGCAACAUCACCUCCUCAGCAGAUAAGCCAGCCCUGAGAGGACCAGGCUGCAGAGAAGCUGCAGAACGGGACCCAGAGAUAGUCAGACAUUUAAAAAAAAAUAAAGGAAACUGUGACCUGCUUUGAUCUGCAGCUGCCUCCUGCAGUCUGGACAAAACUACAGCGAUUCCUCAGUGAUGGCCCAGACUAGUGAAUAUGGACAAUGCUGUGAACUUGCCUACAAGAAAGACUUAAUGAAAUGGAUGGAAACCCUGCUACAGUGUGAUUUUUUUGUGAAUGGUAACAGAGAGGACAGAGAGGAAAAAAAGAGGAAAGUAAAAGCUACACAGCCUCAAAGGAGAUGGCGAUACAUACAUGGCAAAGGAGCUGCCAAAAAACCUCAAAACAAGCUUGAAAACAUUGUCCAAGAAGGCGUUGCAUACUCCGGAGACGUAUGAGAAGAUUGUUUGUAAGUCGUUUUUUUUAAAGCUCCACUACGAGGAGAUAUUUCAAGGAAUUGCUGUUACCUUUACAUUCACUCCCUCCUUUUCCAAAGCAUGAUAAACAUGAAAGAGCCUAGUGAAGGGCGGUGUAGACUUGGUUCUCCUCUCUCUUUCUACCUCCCCUCACCCCACACCUCCCUUCUGCGCUCUUCCCCGACUACUUGACUCAAAUCUGCCCCUGACCCCCCCCACCCCGGCCUGCUUUGGACAGAGCCUCGGAGCAGCUGCGUGGGAAGGGUUUCGAAACCUGCUUGUAGAUAUUGUUCCUCUUUUCAAAUUUCAAUAAUGUCUCUUGUCGCUGAUGUCCACAUGUGCUGCCCUUGUGUAUAUCCGGAAAGAUGGACUUUGUUUUGGUUUUGUUACCUUUUCAUUUUCCUGCUUUAAGUUUGGGCUGAGCAGUGAAGUCAGAGCACGGAGGACACACGCUUACGAGAGGAAGCCCCACAUUGUACUUAUUGUUUGAUUUGUUGUAUCUAUAUUAAUGAGAUGAAACCCCUCUUGUAGAAUAUUUUGUAUUGCUCGCAUUGUAAGACAGUGAGAGGACGGAGGUGCAAUAUGAAGAGAAUUCAGCUACUGAAUGGAACCUCAGCAACUGCCCAUAGGGUGUCAUAUAAUAUAGAUACAUAUAAAUAUAUUUAAAGUAACAUCAGUAACUUAAUGUGAAUGUACAUAGUAUUUAAAGAGGUCCAAAAAUGUGUUUGCCAAAUAACAGAAACCUUUAAAGUUUAAUGUCCAGAUUAUGAUUUUCUCACAGUACAUUUAUUUCUUAAAUGUAUCAGUUUUCCUUUUUUAUUUUCUCUCUCUCUCUCACAAUUUCAAUUUUCACUCAAAUCAAAGUGUCAUGUGACCCUAAGUGGAGGAAACUGUUGGUAACAAAGGUAAAGUCGCUUCAUACAAUAUAAAUUGAAAUGGAUGGAAACAGACUUCAGGUGAAUAGACAUCACAAGAUUUCCAUAUAUCCCCCAUUUUUUUAAAUUAAUAAAUUAGGCCUGAAAUUGAUUUAAUAUUUGAAAGAUUUACAUCGUACGACACCAAGAAAACUUUUGACACGUAAUAACAUGUUUGUGUUUCACUUAUCAUUUCUAUUUGAUGGCACAAUUUUGACUAACUUUGACUAAAUCUUGUAAUUGUCAUUCACCCCAGGUCAGUUUUCAUCCUGCAGGAGGGGAUUUAACAGUGUGUAUUGACAAAAAAAAGCCCAAAUAUGUUCAGUAGCUUGAAAAAGAAAAAAAAGUGCUCAAUUUCACUCUUUCACAACAAAUGUAGGGAUUGUCAAACUUGAUAAAAUGAUGUCAAGUGUUCUGUUUCUGCCACUGUAGUGACCCUCUCUCUCCUCAUCGACCUCUGUGCGUGUGUGCGUGUGCGUGCGUGUGUGUGUUUGUGCGCGUGUGUGUGUGUGUGUGUGUGUGUGUGUGUUUCCCCCGAGGUGCAGGACAAGCCAUUACUGUAGGAUUCAAUGACAUGCCAGUGUUAAGCUACAGUAAACCUCAAAGCUAAUUUUGAUACCCAAUCUUUACAAUGUUGCUUCUUUUUGCUUUUUAAACAGAUUCUUGUUUAUUUGUAAAGAUGCAAGUUGAGCAUAAGCUGAAGAUCUGGGACAGGUCUUUAUUUCCAGGCCAAGAGAGUAGCAUCACCUCUAUUUAGACUAUUUAACCACAUAUGUUAAAUGGUCUCAAGGAUGGCAGCAGUCUUACUCGUACAAAUUUAGUAUUGAUAAAUGUUAACCACAUGCCACAUGGGCAGCCUCACACACACUCCAUGCCUCAAAACUUUAACAGCAACAAUGUUUUCAUCCUACUUAAAUCUUGGUCAGGUCUAAUUGUCAUUCUGACCUGACGAAGAUCUGAGUAGGAUCUAACUGUUUUCAUUAUUAAAGGAGUACUUCACCCUUUAAAUGACCAUUUGUAUAACAAUAACUGACUGUGUGUUACCUUGAAUUCAAAAAAAUUAAAAAAACGAUAACAAUUUUCACAUUUUUCAAGAGCAAAAAUAUAUCAAAACAUCAGUUUACAAACUGUGCCGUAUAAUCCAAGUCUCGUUUAUCCAGUCAUAUGCUAAGACACACUAAAAUGACUAUUUUUAUUAUUAUUUUAUCUUACUAUUAAUGACACUUUUUCAACUUUAGUCUCAUCCUCCUGCAGGAUGCGAGAAAAACAAGUUUUCUUCAAGAGGCCAUGAGGCCAAUCUAAAUGGUGAAGUAUUCCUUUAAACUUUUGUUGCAUGGAAUAAGUGUGCAGGCUUUAUCUUUUUUUCUUCAUUGAUGUUUUUUUAAUAGCCUUGCCCCUGUGUGAUGCUACUCUCCUUCAACUCAUACAAACUUGGACCAAACAUGGAAUAAAUAGAGAACUUUCUUUUUGCAGUAAGUGGCAUAGGAAAUGUGUUCAACAACAGAUCGAUAAAGUGCAGUCAAUUUAUUAGAGACACAUCAUUAAAAUGGGAUAAGCUACAAGGCAGGCCUGCAUCUGUGUGUAGCAUUCAUGUAUGUGUGUUAUGAGUACUGUGAUAUGGUGUUGACCUCAGCCUUUUUGUGUCAUUUGCUCCUUUCCCCCCCAUUGUCUAAUUCCUCCACUACGACUUCUACAGCCCCCCUCCCCCUCACACUAGCUACCUCCUGUGACCAUACAGCUAACCACCAGGAGAGGUUGACCUGGACUUUGAAAAGCUGGGCUGACAGCAGGCACGGACACGCACAUUCAAAAGCAAAAAAAUCUUCCUGAAAAUGGUAAAAAACCAAAAGCGUUGAAAGGAACUGCCAUUAUUCACGAUGUUGUUGAAUAUUUAUUCCCACCAGACCUCACCUGUUUGAUCUCAUCCCACUAACCAAACCGAUACUGCUGGAUUAUUUAGUUACAGGUACACAUACAGUCAAACCUGCAUAUUACCAAACUGAACACAGAAACCAACCAUGACAUGCCAUUUGUUGUCCAAAACCAAUAAAAGCACAGACCAAAGUACUCUAUUGCCAUAGUAGGCUUUGACACAGUGUGUAUUGACAGACCAGAAAUAAUAAGGUUAGAGCUCCACUACACCAGUUAACCAAAGUGUCUGAAAUACACACAAUCAGGGCACAUGAGAGUGAGGAGCAUGCUGAAUGAACCGGCUGAGUUUCAAAUGUGUAGAAUUCUAAUUCAAGCAAUCAAAGCGCUUGUUGUCUACAUAUUGAAUAGUGCUUCUGUAAAAAUAAUAGAAGCAUCUCCUUUAGAAAAGCCUACUGAUUGCGUGUUCUUACAGUUACAAAGCCUUGCAGAGAUGAAAUGAAUGCAUGGUGGGUGUGUGUUUGUGUGUGUGACUGUGUGGUGUGUGUAUGUGUGUGUGUUUUUGUAGGAAAAAAAACUUACCUUUUUCUUCUUGUCUCUGUACAAACUACUUGAAACUUUCAGAGCUUUAAUGAAACAUCCCAGACAGACUAUAGUGGCAGAUCGAUUCACAAUAUGUAGCAACAGCUUUGUGCAGUUAAAUAGUGUGUUUGCGUACAAUAUCUGCAUCAAGACAACAUUUUAAUGGCAGUUCCAUUCAACUCUUAAAUGCUUUGCGUGUGCCUCCUUGUCUGCAAGUAAGUCCUCAGAUAAACUAAACAAAGCCAAACCCUGUAGACCAUUUAUAAAUGACCAAAAUACAACCAAAAGCUACAAGUUUUCUCUUUUAGAUUUCACUUUGGUUAAGGUUUUUUUUUUGUGUUAUGUCCCGGCAUUAGAGAACUUGAAUCUGAGUUUCUCCCUCCUGAUUUCAUUGGGUGCAAGCUUCAUUAAGUCAUGAAACAAAUGAGAUUCAUGCCGAGGUGUCAUAUACUUUUCUCUGUGAAGAUAUUAUAGAUGGCAAACGCAUAAGGGCUCUGCUGUUGUGAAAACCAUCCGAGGAUCUCCGAAACACUUUACAUCAGCCACUUUUCUGUUUGUUUAACUAUGUACAUGAUAUGGGCAAAACGCAUGUUUAGAAAAGGCAAAUAUUAGCAGGUUGGCAUUUGUCUCUCCCUACCCCAAACCAAUAACUCUACCAAUGAAGUUUCAAGGCUCAUCUGAUGUGAUGGUGACACGUCCUUCCUGUGAAACAGGCACUGAUGAAUAGCUACAGUAGAAAGCUAAGUGGCAAACAGUGGAUUCAGCACUUGUUUUCCCCAAAGCCAUGGCUCAGGAUGGUCCUGUUUUUACCUUUACAUAAAUUGAAAAAAGGGUUUAUGUUUUUUUAUGUGUAGGGAAGCAUUCUAUACUGUAUUGUGCAAUACAUUAUUACAGAAAAAAACAUGUUUCUGUAGGAAAGGUUGGCGCUUUGAAGAUCUUUCUCCCUUUGUUUUAUUUCCCUCUUCAAAAAGGUCCUGUUGCCGUUUUUAGAUGAAGUUAACUGUGCCAGAAGAAUUAAAUUCUGAUUUGUAUUUAUUUCUUGCAUGCUUUCCUCCCUGUUGCUAAUACCGCUCUUUAACUGUUCGCUCUGUUGGAUGUGUGAAGCUGUAAAACAUUCUAAUUCAGGUUAUUGUCUGUGUUGAACAAUGUAACUGUGUAAUUAAAACAUGAAAUGAA